UCGUGCUUACUUGGAUGGUCUGCCAUUUUUGGUGACGUAAACAUGUAGUGUCACAUGACCCUCAAAACUGCUUUUCUGCAGGUGUCGGAUUUGGCACAAGCGGAUUGGUGGAAAAUACUAUGUUUGUAAACAGAACAUGGCGGGUGCGAGUUCAGCUUGUGUUGGUGGGUGGUCGAAUUGUGCGACUGUGACAUCUUUAUUGCAGAGAUCACUGGAAUCAGUGGUGGUUAAUUUACCUGUUUGUUCUGACAGCCUGGAAUGUCUGCCAACAAACCUCAAGGGGAAGUGUUUGUAUUUGAUGUGUAAACGAGGCCUCAUCACUGAUGAUAAUAUCAAGAAGGUACUUCACGAUAAAUUAAAAGUGUUGGACUUAAGCGAGUGUGAUAUCACAGAUGCUGCCCUGGAGCAGGUUCACAUUUGCCCACAACUGAGGAAGAUAGACCUGAAUUCUGCCAAACAUAACAGGGUCAACAUUACAACUACAGGUGUUCUCUCCCUGGCACACCACUGCCCCUAUCUACAGAUUGUGUAUCUGCGCCGCUGUGAGAACGUGACAGAUGAGGCUAUCAUCAGCCUAUCAACGAGCUGCAAACACCUGAGAGAGUUGAAUGUGGGUGGCUGUUGUCAGCUGACGGAUGUGUCACUCAUUGCUCUGGGCCAGAACUCCAAAUAUCUCACCUGUGUGAACCUGUCCAGAACAAAUGUGACAGAUGAAGGAAUACUACGACUUGUGAGUGGCUGUUGCUCUCAGAAUCUUAAGGAGCUGCAUAUUGACAGCUGCAAGUCGUUGACAGAUAUGUCUGUGGAGGCUGUAUUGAGUUAUUGUCCACAGAUAUCCAUUCUGCUCUUCCAUGGCUGUCCUAAAAUAACAGAUGAAUCUAGGCAGGCUAUUGCUGACUCAAUGCAGGGGCAGAAGAGAAUGAAACAAGUUACCUGGACAAUCUACUGAUAUAUUAAGGGAAUUCUGCAGUCAGGAAUUAGGUGAAGAGCUGUGACUUACAAAAUACAACACAAUUUGAGUUUUGGAGAUUUUUGAAAGUUGGACUUUAUAUCAGAACUGUGGUUGUCCCUCUUGAUCUGCUCUUGCGGUGUUACCUCCCCUUGUUGGAGAACUCUCUCCAUGAUGAAUAUACUGAUCUCGUAUACACCAAAUACUUUAUUGAUCAAUAUUUUAUUAUAUUUGUGUAUGUUUUGUAUUUGUCACUGUUCAAAUCUGUUGGCAUGUUUACCGUUAAAACCUCUGUAAAGGCAGCUGUAUACUUUUAGUUAAAUCCGUCCACUAGAUGAAUUUAUUGCUUAGGUCUUGAAACUAGGGAAGGCUAUUUAAGGGAAAAAGGUUAUUAAGAGAACACUGGUCAGUACUUUUUGCAGCAAGGAAUGUUUCAUCAUGUAAAAACAUUAAUUGUAGUUUAUUUAAUGUGGUCCAAAAGUACAAUAUGCAUUUUAUGGACAGACUAUAUUUAUUUGUUCACAUACACAAUUAAAUAAUAUGAAAGGUAUCUCAUUUCCUUCAUUCGACAUACACAAUUAAAUAAUAUGAAAGGUAUCUCAUUUCCUUCAUUAGACAUGUUACAAAGUUAUUUCUUGAUUAACUUGGUGAAAGUAGAAAAAAUUGGAUUUAUAAAGGUAUAUAAUUUGGAAAUUGGAUAGAACAACAUUAUGUGUGACAUAACCUUUUACAUUCCUUCAGUAUAUUCUAAUCAGUAUUCAUAGUUUACACCGAGUGACUUGGUGAGGAUCAGACAAUGUCUGAGGAGUGUGUAGUCAAAAAAACAUGGAAUACAUUAGCUCACAUCUGGCUCGUAAAGUCUAUAUAUACAUGGUGGAAAUGUUAGUAUGUGUCAGACUUUAAUAAAAUGAUAUGAUCUCGGGGAUAGAGAUUACCAGAGUAAUCUCCCUUACUCUACUUGCAACGUGAUAGCAAUUGGUGAAAACCAUUUCCCACAUUAUUGGAGAAGACUUUAUAACUAUGUACACUAUUAAAUUUGAAGGAAUCAAAAAAAUGAAGAAUCUGGGUUUGGCUUGUAAAUUAUUGUGUGCUUUACUUUCUAGCUCCAUGUGAGUCAUGUUUCUUUUCAACUUCUUCUAGUUGCAAGUGCAUGUCGAAAAGUGUUCCUAAGCAUUUAGGGAAACACAUUGCAUAUGCUUGCCUGAAAAGCAUGGUUUGUACAUGUACAGUAAGUAGCCAUACCAAAUAUUUUGAAUUUUAUUUGAAUUUCAAAACAGUUUAAAGUAUAAAUAUAUAAAUAUAUUUAUUGGUUUAUGUGUCCUUUUCCUGUUUGAGUCAUUUUGGUUAUUUAUAGUUACAGUAUAUUAGGUAUUU